AUGCACAGUCUCAGAUACAAAAGCAGUAGAGUACAGCUGUCAGCUGAGGCUUCAGCCCUGGGACCCCCACCGCCCUCAGGUGAAACAACUCUGACUGGGCACCUCAGGCACGCUAUUUUGGCUGAUUCCCUGACCGAAGAGCAAGUGUCCGAAUACAAGGAAGCCUUCUCCCUGUUUGACAAGGAUGGCGAUGGACAAAUCACCACCAAGGAGCUUGGCACCGUCAUGCGCUCCCUGGGUCAGAACCCCUCCGAGUCCGAGCUGCAGGAUAUGAUCAACGAGGUUGAUGCCGACAACAACGGUACCAUCGACUUCCCCGAAUUCCUGACCAUGAUGGCCCGCAAGAUGAAGGACACCGACUCCGAGGAGGAGAUCCGUGAGGCAUUCAAGGUGUUCGAUCGCGACAACAACGGCUUCAUUUCCGCUGCCGAGCUCCGUCACGUCAUGACUUCCAUUGGUGAGAAGCUCACUGACGACGAGGUCGAUGAGAUGAUCCGCGAGGCGGACCAGGAUGGUGAUGGCCGGAUCGACUACAACGAGUUCGUCCAGCUCAUGAUGCAAAAAUAA